AUGCCCAUCCUCCAGGCGUCCGUCACACCGUUGCCUGGAGGCAUCUGCCUGCGCGGCCAGACAGCCAUCGUCACUGGCGCCAGCAAUGGCAUAGGAACUGAAAUUGUGCUGCAGCUGCUUGAGCGCGAGAUAUCCACCGUCAUCCUCGCCGUCCGCAAUGUGGCGAGGGGCGAGGCUGCACGCACCGCGCUGCUCGCCCGUCCCAGCGUCAAGAAGGCAAAUCCCAAGGCCGUCCUCAAGGUCAUGGAGCUCGAGGUUGAGGACUACGCUAGCGUUCAACGCUUCACAAAGGCAUUCCUUGCCGAGCAUUCGGAGCUACAUUUGCUCAUGCUGAACGCCGGCAUUGGCGUUCUCAAGCGCGACCUGGUGUCCAACGGCCACGAGAAGCACAUCCAGGUCAACUAUCUCUCCAACGUGUUGAUCACGCUUGAGCUACUCCCCCUACUCAACGCCACGGCCGACAAGACGGGCAAGCCGACGCGCAUCACCUGGACCGGCAGCCGCAUGCACAACGUCAGCGCUCUAGCCAAGGGAAAGGUGCCCCUCAAGCCGGGCGAGUCGGUCCUCGGCCAUUUCGACAGCGAGGAUAGCUACGUUGCCUUUGCUCGCUACGCCGAUAGCAAGCUGCUCUGCCUGCUCUUCCUGUUCGAGCUGCGCAAACACUUGAACGGAGACAAGGUCAUACAGAACAGCUAUUGCCCUGGCAUGGUCAACACGGGAAUGAGCGACGUGCUGCCCAUCUACCUUCGUCUUCCAAUGAAUCUUGUCAAAGCAAUCCGCGCGCGGUCGGUUGAGGUGGCGGGCUGGAUUGCGCUCAAUGCGGCAGUCGUGGUCGGCCCAGAAUCGCACGGCCAGUUCCUUGAAGACAAAAAUAUUGUAGAAGGUUCUCCCUUUAUCAAGACUGCAGAGGGACAGAAAGUGCAGAAGAUGUUGUGGAACGAGACAAUCGACGAAUUGUCCAAGCUGACCACGAUUCCGGGCUGGAUGAAGAAGGUGUAA